AAUUGUAAAUAAUCAUCUAAGCAUUGCAAAGGAAGUCAAUAUCUCGCGUCAAGAUCAAGUCUUUAAACCAUCCGAGAAAAAGCAAUCGUCCAGAAAACGAAAGGAUGUUCGAGAAGAAACAACAGAAAAAAAUAUUACACAAGGUCAGAGUCGGAAAAUUACUUUGAAAAUGUGCUUUGGAAACAACAUAAACUUUUAUGCGCAAUUGAGAAUUACCAAAGAAAAAUAUAAAGAUGAAAAAAAUUCAAAAGAAAUUGGUAGAUUUUUUCUUUUGAAAAAUCAUCAUAUAAACCAUAGUCAAAAUACUUUAAUUACAUCAGAACUUCAAAAUCUUCCUAAUUCAGCAUCUGUGAAUGGCUCAACAGCUCUAGAUAAUCAGCAAAUACCUCUGAAUAAUUCUUAUCGCCUAUCAAAUCUUUCCGUGUUAACAGAUGAUUCUUUUAUAACAACAUCUUCGCGUAUAAGUUCUGAAAUUACGCCAGAUAGAAAUACUGGAAAGUCGUCCAAACAUAUUCUUUGUGACGGGAUUGCACAUGACAAGGAUUUUGAAAAGAACUCAUCAGCUCAAAAUAAUAAUAUUCCAUUGCAAAGCAAUGUGAACACUUUAUUGGAAAUGGAUGGUAAACGUUCGGUGUCAGUGCAAAACAAUCCGUCUUUAGUAGCUGCAUCAAAGUCAGUGAGUCGAAGAAUGACAUCCACAGAUAAAUAUUAUCAGAUUAUGGUACAAACUGAGAUCUUGGAUAUUCUUUCUACACGAAUUAUUGGUGAAAUGGAUAAUCAAAAUGAACCAAAAGAGAUACUUAGACCUCGAACACCAGAUUCCAUUCAAGAAAGAUUGAUUAAAUCCGGUAUCUCACCUGCACCAUCUCCACCGUCAUUGCUUUCUCAAGAUUCACUUGAGCAAAUACCGUUGUCUAUUUUGGAACAAUUGCCUUCGCUAAAUACAUGUACUUUCCAAUUUGAUGAUUUCGAUGAUCUGUUGUCAUA